ACCUUGGUAUCUGCGUGCGAUGAGUAAUCCAGGCAAGCUGACGAUAUCAGCGCCCUACAGAGACGCGCUCAGUGCUGACGUUGGUUACGUCGUCACUCUCAGUCACACAAUAGUCCAGCCAGCCAAGUCUGGAGGCAACACAGGUGUCGCCACUGUCAGUGCUGUAAUGGGAGCAGACUACACACUCUCUCACUUCUACAGUCUGCUGGCCAUGAAUGACGCUUGCAAUGGCAAGUCAGCAAUCGCCAAAAAAUAUGAUACAAGGUGUUUUGUGAUGGACAGCAGUGGUUUUAUUGUCAUACACAACGAUUUUAUCAAGCAUGCCUCACCAGGUUGUGACUUCGACUUGCAAUCAGCUAGAGCUCAUGCAGAAAACGUUCAUAUUACUGGAAAGAGCGAUCUGUUUGGUGUGGCUGAAGAUCUCAUAGAAAAGGGAUUGUUAAAGAAGCAAGCCUGUGUGAACUUCCAGAGCACUAAAUACCAACACUAUUGGCAGAUGGCCGAGAUGACGAGUAGUGCAUAUGGAGAGGCAGGAAGGUGCAGUCAGUACCAGCUGUGGCCUGUCGAUGACUCUAACAUCUACAUCGCUGUACUGUUUGAUGAGAAGGAAUGUUCUAAGCAGCAGAAGGGCUCGACCAACAUGCCCUCAAAGCGAAGACACUGCACUGCGUGUGAUCUGCGCAAUCUAGACCAGUAUCCAACAUGCAGGGACACUCGUCCAGAAGCUUGUGAUUGUCCGUGCACGUCUGCUGCCAGCUACGGUCACUGCCAAGACCAAUACACACUUAAAUCGGACGACUGGCCAACGUGCGUACCGGAACCGCCACAGUACCGAGGCGACUUCGGUGUGGAGCCAAUGUGGCAGGGCAUAUCGGAAUGUUAUCUGACUAACUGCAGUGAGCACACGAGUGACUUUACCUGCCUGGAUAACACGUGCGCGUGGGUGUGUGAGUCCUGUGUGUCUAGGGAACAGUGCCACCAGGAGUCCACAAAGUGUCCCACUGCGUCAGGGUUUGCAGCCAGCAAGGGUGGGGCAGGUAUCAUCGCUUUGAUAGUGCUGUUAGUGCUAGCUCUCCUAGCCAUCCUGCUUGUCGUCGUCUGUGUUAUCCGGAGGAGGAAGAAGAAUGCGAGCCGACAGAAUACGGAGAACGAAGAGAGAGAUCCACGUGUUUCUGUCCAUAUCCAUGACCUUCCCGCAGUUCCGCAGGGAGGUGCGGCAGGGUUCGACAACGAAGGGUAUGUUAGGAACGCCAAGGGAGUGCACAAUCAGCAGGAUGGUGGCGCCAUUGCUGCUGCGUAUGAUUUGCAACCACACCGACACUCCCGUCCCCCGGCAUACUCCCCGAGUUGGUUCUACCGUUCAACGUGAUCUGGCUGCGAUUGGCUUGCCUCUGUAUUACUUAAUGCACAGCAUAUAAUGUUGGACUGCCCUCGGUCAUAUUUCUAUUGUUUAAUUUUCCAGUAUGAACCUUGCUGAACAUCCACGAGUUUCAGUGCGUGCUGUUAAUUCGUGAAAAGAGGGCCGCUAAAGCGGGGGACACACCAUGCGAAUUUAUUCGCACGUUUGCAGCGCUUGUAAAAU